CUUUCUAUUCUCAGAACUGUUUCUCUUCUCUCCCGCAAAAAAACCCUAUGUCCAGACCUCUGUCGCCCGCUUCCCCUCUGUCCGCAACCAACGCCCUCCACCAGAAGAAAUGAAAACCACCACUGUCAUCCAGAAAACGCAAAGGAAAAGUUUUGGUGUUAAAAAUUGAAGCUUUUCUAAUGGAUCGGGUUUUGGGUUUUCAAGGUUAGAUUUGAGAGGGGUUGAGUUGAUAUGCUUCAAGAUGGUUAAUUUGCUUUGAGAAGUACGUUUUCUUUACGAGAUUUGGGGUCUGAGAUGAACCAGUUAGUUGAAAGCUCUACUAAUUCUCAAAGGGUCUCUAGAGUUCAAGCUCCACUGAGCAUUAAGGAAUGACAGAAUUUGUCAAGGACGAGCAUCGUUUGGAAUUUUCAUACCCAAUGGGAGGUUUCUAGAGGCUAGAAUUUCUCUAUGCCAAUGAGAGAACAUUGCAGAACAUGUAGCUUGGGCUGAGUGUAACAUAGAGAGAACUGUUGGUGUCUUCGUUUACUUUGUUAUGUCUCAAAACUUCAUUAGGAACUCCCAUUAUUAUGACCUUUUGAAUUAGGUUCAUGAAAACACCAGUGAGGCAGAAGAACAUGGAACCUGGAUCCCUUAUCUCCGACUUUAUGAUGCAGCCGCUUGUAGACCGCUUAUAUGACAGAACUAUCUUCCAUGCUUAAGAAUCUAUGCAAAAUUGAGUUUUCAUUGAGUUUUGAAUGCUUUUAAAAGCUUACAUGAGAACUUGUGUCCCAGGAUUUAUUUUAUUCUUCUUUUAGCGGAUGCCCAUGCGACCUUUCUGGUAUUUGCUGCACAUUUUGUCCCUGACCAUGGUUUAUGUCCUUGUCGUAUUCUCAGGCAUUCAUUGAUACUGUCAUAAUUUGUUGAGCAUCGUUUAUUUUUGGUAAUGUCUACCCACAUAUAUGCAACAUCAAUUUCUCAUUAUAAUUGACUAAGCUCUUACUUAUUAGAUUUUUAAUGUCACUGUAUUUUUCAGAUUAGACAAAUAUUUUGAGUGACAUUCAUUUUAGGUUAAUUCAUGUUCUUUGAUGAUCAUAUGAAAUAGCUUGGUCUUUCUAUAGUUAUACUUUCGGUAACUCUUGGUAAAUUGUCAUUUCUUUGUCUAUAUUGCAUCAUACGUAAACACUGCAAAAGGGUUUAAUAAAAAAGAUGGCUUUAUGAAUGAUUUUGGAAUCUAUAGAUACUAUAGAACCCAACACUAGAUAGGUGGUCCCUCCCAACCCACGCCUCUUUCUAGUGUAUAAAAAUUAAAAAUAUUCACCUACUUAAAAAGUUAAUAAAAAUACAAAGUGGUCAAAGCAAUAUAAAAUAUUUACUUUUAGUAUAUAGUUUAGAAAAAACUUCUUACUUUACUUAGUAUGUGAGGCUUAAUUCAUAGUAGCCAUCAUUUGUAGAGAGCACGUGUGUAAUGAUGGUUAAGCAUGAUUCCCACUUGCGGACUCAAAGGACCAAAUUUCCAGUAAGCAUGAUGGUUGAGCACGUGUGUAUAUAGUUUAGAAAAAACUUCUUACUUUAUUUUUGGCUCCUUUGUAAUGCGAAAAUUAGUCAUUAAGGCUGUAUAUAUAGUUAUAGUUAAAAGUUAAGGUUGUAUAUAUAAUUAGUCAUUAAGGCAUAAGCAUUAGAACCAUAAGUAUAUAUAGUUAUUUUUGGCUCCUUUCUAAUUCGAAAAUUGUGUCAAUGCUUUUUCAUUUACUCUAGCAGUACUUGUACACAAGGUUUAUCAGAUUUGAAAUGAGAGUGUUAUUUCCAUGGUUAUGGUUUAGAUUCAAUGCAAGGGCCGCGGUGCAGUACUGAUAAUUCAUCUGUUAAUCAUUUUGUCUACGAGGUUGAGAAGAUUUUUGGCCCUGGAAAUCAAUAUGUCACAACUGCAAAAAUGAUACUUCAAGCCAUCACUUUCUCAAACAUGUAUGCACCCGAGCAUUUGAUUAUCAAUGUAAAAGACGCGGAGAAGUGGGAAAGUUUUAUCGAGAAUGCAGGGCCAUGGACACCAGAGAGUGUCGGUGAUUACGCAAGUGGGACAAACCACGUCCUUCCCACUUACGGAUAUGCAAGAAUGUAUAACGGUGUGUCUUUGGACUCUUUCCUCAAGUACAUAACUGUGCAAUCUCUCACAGAGGAAGGUCUAAGGAAGGUAUAAGUAGACAACUGUGCAUUGAUAAAUUAUAAUAAUAAAUAGUAGUGUCUACUUGAUCACUCUUUGGUGAUUAUUAGUAUAUAUAAAUAUGCAUGCUUACUUAGGCUUUUUAUAUUGAAGCUACAUCAAUAUAAAUAUGUCAUGACAUAACUUAGGCUUUUUUUUUUUAAACUGAAUCCUCUUGUAUAGAAUCCAUGUUGACAUAACUUAGGUUCUGAGAUUUUGUAUGAGUUUGUUCUCAGUAUUCUCUUAGUGUAUGGAUUGAAGAUGUAUAUUGAUGUUGUUGUUGUUUCAAAUUUUAUAUUGAAGCUACAAAUUUGUUUCAAGUUUAUGAAAUUUUGGUGCAAAAAUGGUGAAAAUCUGGUGCAUAUAUGCUGACUUAUAAUAGACAGCGCUUUGUUUUAAGUGAAAACAAUUUUUAUAUAGGCAGAAUAGACAGCGCUUUUAAUGAAAAGCGCUGUCUAAAGUUGAGAAAAGCGCUGCCUAAAGGGGGCCUUUAGCAGCGCUUUUAGAAAAAGCGCUGCCUAAAUUGGGCCUUUAGCAGCGCUUUUUAAGUAAAAGUGCUGGCUAAAUGGGGUCUUUAGUAGCGCUUUC